AUGGGCGCCGUGCUAUCUCUUUCCCCCGCGUCCCGCAAGAACAGCUACUACGACAACCGUCCCGGCUCAUUGGGCCACUACCCGAGCCUGAGCAGCCGUUCCCUCAACAAUCCAAAAGAUGGCGGCUUGAAGCGAGGCCAGUCCAUCUUCCUUCCGGCACUCACGUGGAAACGCUUGGUGGCCUCCACCAAGAAGAAGGGAACCGCCAAGAAAGCAGGUCCGGUGGGCCUGGUGGACCCCUUGAACAACAACAUCUAUCAAAAAGACCCAGUGCUGCAUCUGAACUACGAAAACGUGAGGAAAUCAUUAUCGUGCGCUAACCUUAGUAGCUACGAUAUCGCGCCACGAUUCGGGUACGGUGGCGUGAAAUCCCAGCAGAUUUCUUCAGUGAAAAAAGCACCGCAAGGGACUUCGCCUAAACGCGUUAUCGUCCAGGCGUCUACUAGCGAGCUGCUACGCUGUUUAGGCGAAUUCCUGCGCUGUCGAUGCUACCGCCUGAAGCACUUGUCUCCGUCCGAUCCGGUUCUUUGGUUGAGAGCCGUGGAUCGCUCGCUUCUUCUCCAAGGCUGGCAGGACCAAGCCUUCGUCACGCCGGCUAACGUGGUCUUCGUCUACAUGCUGUGUCGCGACGUGGUGGACGGCGACGUGGUGGCGUCGGAGCACGAGUUGCAAGCCAUCUUGCUGACCUGCCUCUACUUGUCGUACUCCUACAUGGGCAACGAAAUCUCCUACCCGCUCAAGCCUUUCCUGGUGGAGGCGGGCAAAGAGGCGUUCUGGGACCGCUGCCUGGCGAUCAUCAACGCCACUAGCGGAAAAAUGCUGCGGAUCAACGCAGACCCGCACUUUUUCACGCAGGUCUUCGCCGAACUCAAAAGCGAAGGGGGGUACGGGCCGCAAGAUUAUACUCGCGGUCUGGAUCGGUGA